AUCGAAUACCCUCACCUGAUGCCUCGACGCGAGGGUCUCUUCGAAGCUCCGUGAAUACGCGAUGGAGUCCAUCGCUCUGUGCAGUUGAUGAGUCUGCUUUCUUUCAGUCUCGCUCCGUCAUCGAAAUUUACCACUAUGGUGAGGUCUUUCGCAGGCGCAGGCCGCGAGUAGGUAGUCAAGAAUAUUCGGCACAAAUCAAACGGGGGGUGCCUGCAAUUUGCCAAUUUCUUAAAGCACAAGCGUGUUUUUGUGUGGGACUUUUGACGUUGCCUUGAUCCUUAGCUGAUUGUCCGCGAUUACCGAAGAAAAAGGGAGGAGGUUGUAGAGUCUCGGUGAAGGUUACUGAACCAGGGCAGGGUAAUUCACGGACUCGCAGUGUUUGGAUUCAUGUGACUUGACCAGUAGGUGUGUAGCGGCCGUAGAGACAUGAGAGUAGAAGAUGGUGAGGAGGGGGCAGACGGUAGAUAGGAAGUGGAUCUCUGCGUGCACAUUGUUGCCGCGCUUGCAACGCACCGUAGCGGUGCUUGUUAUUGUUGGAAUUUUGCGUUGUGAGUUAGAAGUGAGUUGACCGCAUGCCCAGGUAUAUUCUUCUCACAAUUAGCCAACUAAUCAAGUGAGGAAUCAUUACCGAUACCUGACCAGGGAAUACCUAUCUAAGAGAAUACUGGACGUUUUGACCUUGUUCACCGAAGCGGUGUUUGGAAAAGAAUUUGUGCUAGCUAAUUUCGCGAGCAUAUUGGCGCAGGGCACACAAUCGGUGUUGGGUAUGAAUAGCUAAGUUGGAAUCCUGUCCGGAGACGGAAGAGGUUAAUAAGCUUUAGCUUUUUCCUGAAACGACUUCGGGUGCUUGUGGACUUUCUGGUUUGCACCAGUUAUUCAACGAAACCUGUGUUCUCUUGGUUAUGGCUUCCAUUGAAGCCAUUGCGGUGAUGCAACCUGUUUACUACCACAAGCAUUUUCGAACAAAAAUGGGACUUAGGGUUUGACAUGUGACUGAAGUAUAAUCCCUCGCACUCGUCCAUUGUGGGCUCAUAUGUCUUCCUGAGCUAAUCAGGUGCUUUUGUCCUGGUGUAAAUCCUGUCCAGGUCUCAGUUAGACUUGCAAUUUGGUUCUGGAAAGCAUGAUUCUCACCACUAGAGGAAAAGAAGUGCAAUUCUGGGUGCAUCUCGAUAAUCCUAAUUCUGCAGGGUCGGGGGGUAUGGCUUCAUCUGGACCAUUCGGGCUGGAUAGUGCUUCCACUUCUGGACGAGCACCUCUUCCGUCACAAUCACACUCAGAAGCUCACGCUGCUCUGCUUAGAGCUGCAUCGUCAUUUAAGGAGAAAUCUCCAUCUGUAUACCGGAGCUUGUCAGCAGACGGGACUCGAAUAUAUGACUCGGUUCAAUCUCCACCAGAAGAAAUCGUCUCUGAAGAAUCUUCUUCCACGCCUCCUUCAGGCAAAAUACAGUACCCGAGCUUGCAGGAAUUGGCUUCAUCGUCAUCUUCGAGUGACCUAAGAUUAUCAAAGCAAUCCAGUUUCGCUUCGUCAUCCUCGCAACAGCGAUCUCCAGUUUUGGCACCAGGUCCGUCAUCAUCGUCUCCUGCUGUCAAAAGCACAACCCCUGGAAGAAUACCUGCUCCCCCGCCACCUCCUUCCUUAAAACCGAGGUUUCGCCGGCAGCUCGUUAAAUUGUCCAGUACUUUGAAGAGGAUCCCACAAGAGUGUAGUAGAAGUGGUCCCGUUUUGGUUCUUAAGUCAACCAUUGAUACGUGGGACAGAGCGUUCUUUGAAGGUAUUAAUACUGAUGUUACAGUCUGUACGAAUGAUGGACACCAACUAGGCGCUCAUUCAACGGUCUUGAUGAGCAGCUCCUCUGUACUUAAAUGUCUACUCCUGGAGCAAUUCCAACUUUCAAGGCAUGCUGUAAUUAGUAUCCGUGGUGUUCCUUUCCAAGCGGUUCGAUGUUUCUUACGUUUUUUGUACUCUUCUCGCUGUGAGCAAUCCGAUGUGGAAGAGUUUGCGCUUCACUUGAUAGUGCUUGCUCACGCAUAUAGGAUUCCGGCCCUGAAGCGCAUAUGUACUGACAGCUUUGAGCAAGGCCUGCUAAAUCUUGAGAAUGUGGUGGAUGUCUUGCAAAUAUCCAGGUUAUGUGAUGAGCCUCGGCUUUAUCUGUUGUGUUUACGGCGAAUAGUGUCCGACUUCAAGGAUGUCGCGCGAUCAGAUGGCUGGAGGGCUAUGAAAGAAUCCGAGCCGGGUCUUGAACAGGAUCUAUUAGAGGCAGUGAUUGAAUUUGAUUCCGUAAGUCUCGCCGCUAAAAAGCGAGAUCGGUUGCGGAAGCGGGAGGAAGACAAAGUGUAUACGCAACUGCACGACGCAAUGGAAGCUCUGGUACACAUAUGUCGCGACGGGUGUAGGUCCAUUGGUCCUCACGAUAAAGUCUUGGAUGAACGCAAGGGGGAUUGCGCUUAUCCAGCUUGUAAAGGGUUGGAGUCCCUGGUACGCCACUUUGCUGCCUGCAAGCUGAAGGUCUCUGGUGGAUGCGUGCACUGUAAGCGCAUGUGGCAGCUUCUAGAGCUCCACUCCCGCAUGUGCACUGUGCAAGAGUCGUGCAAAGUGCCCCUUUGCCGGCAUUUUAGGGAACGGGUGGGACAGCAACCCAGCCGAAAGGAGGAGAUGCGGUGGAAGAUGUUGGUACGCAAGGUCCAGUUUGCAAAAGCAGCAUCUGGACCAUUUUCUCUGGCCGCCGUAUCUGCUCGAUUGGCACAAGUAUGAUUGUUUGAAAGAAUUGAUUUGUUGAACUAAUGGGAAACUAGAUGAGUUUGGAGUGAUUUGGGUUGCUAUUCUCAUUGACCAAAGACAUGUCUUGUUACCACUCAUGGUGAAGUCUAGCUUUACUUCUGUGGGUUUCUCAAAAUGGGCAUUUACAAGCAUCAUUGGGUGUGUACCCUAAAUAUAGAUUGUCAAAAAAAAAAAAAAAAAAAAAAAAAAAAAAUCCAAGCAGAGCAAAAACAGAAGGAAACCCAUAAUGUAGUGGUGUAAGCCACACCGUAAAGGUAGAUACCUCACGUAGAGAAGUUUUAGGACUAUCUUAGUUGUAGUCAAGGCAAAGACAUCUUUACUUCUGAUUGUACUAUUGUGUAUUAUUCCUCAGAAGGUGAGCUUGAACGUUUAAAUGUAUAGAACGUUACAUUCCAAAA